CAGACUGCAACCUCCUCACGUGAUUGAUGACAGCAAACCGGUCAUGUGAUCUUGUCACAUGCCACGUGACGUAGUGAAGUCUAUCAGCUGAAAGACAGCAGAUUUUAAUUCAAAGAAGAGAAGCGGGAACAUACACAAAAUGGAUAUCAGAGGGGCUGUUGAUGCUGCUGUUCCUACCAAUAUCAUUGCAGCGAAAGCAGCAGAAGUCCGGGCAAACAAAGUUAACUGGCAGUCAUACCUUCAAGGACAGAUGAUUUCAGCAGAGGAUUGUGAAUUCAUUAAGAAGUUUGAAUUGGCUCGUUCAGAAGAGAAGCAAGUAAUACUGAGUAAAGAAGGAAAUCAGUGUGCAAAAACAUUUCUUAACCUUAUGGCGCACAUCUCUAAGGAGCAGACGGUACAGUACAUCUUGACCAUGAUUGAUGACACAUUGCAGGAAAAUCAUCAGCGAGUGAACAUCUUCUUUGAUUAUGCUAAGAAAACUAAGAACACAGCAUGGUCGUAUUUUCUUCCCAUGCUGAACCGCCAGGACCUUUUCACAGUCCAUAUGGCUGCAAGGAUUAUUGCGAAGCUAGCUGCCUGGGGAAGAGAACUGAUGGAAGGCAGUGACCUGAAUUACUAUUUUAACUGGAUCAAAACUCAGCUGAGCUCCCAGAAACUGCGUGCUGCAGGUCCUGAAACUGGAACGGUUUCUGCAAGUGAUAGUUCCCAGUAUGUUCAGUGUGUGGCAGGUUGUUUGCAGUUAAUGCUAAGAGUUAAUGAGUACCGUUUUGCAUGGGUAGAAGCAGAUGGUGUAAACUGCAUCACAGCAGUCCUGAACAACAAGUGUGGAUUCCAGUUACAGUAUCAGAUGAUCUUCUGCAUCUGGCUCUUAGCUUUCAACCCUCAGAUGUGUGAAUACCUGCGCAGGUACAAUGUUGUUCCUGCACUGUCAGACAUCCUGCAAGAGUCUGUGAAAGAAAAAGUUACCAGAAUUAUCCUUGCUGCUUUCAGGAAUCUUUUGGAGAAAUCUGCUGAGAGAGAGACACGCCAGGAGUACGCUCUGGCCAUGAUCCAAUGUAAAGUCCUGAAACAACUGGAGAAUUUAGACCAGCAGAAAUACGACGAUGAAGACAUCUCUGACGAUAUCAAAUUUCUUUUAGAGAAGUUAGGUGAAAGUGUUCAGGACCUCAGCUCAUUUGAUGAAUACAGUUCUGAACUGAAGUCUGGCCGCUUGGAAUGGAGCCCUGUACAUAAAUCAGAAAAGUUCUGGAGAGAGAAUGCUGUCCGGUUAAAUGAAAAGAAUUAUGAACUUUUAAAAAUCCUGACAAGGCUGCUGGAAGUCUCAGAUGACCCCCAGGUGUUAGCCGUAGCAGCUCAUGAUGUUGGUGAAUACGUGAGGCACUAUCCUCGAGGGAAGCGAGUGAUUGAACAGCUUGGUGGAAAGCAGUUAGUAAUGAACCACAUGCACCAUGAGGAUCAGCAAGUCCGCUACAACGCGCUUCUAGCUGUGCAGAAGUUGAUGGUGCACAACUGGGAAUACCUUGGGAAGCAACUGCAGUCAUCAGAACAGCCUCCUGCUGUAGCUGCCAGGAGUUGAACUGUACAUCCUCACUGAUACCUAUAUGAUGAUGGAAGUGUGCUUUCUGCUUUAGAAUUGCGUCAUUUGAUGUUGUUUGCUUUGAUCCUAGAAUUAAUAUGUAGAUGCAGCUACUGUUCUUUGCCAUUACUGAAAUAUGUUAAAUUAUUCUUUAAUGGGAAAUUCUGUUGGUUUUUUUUUCCGAUGUUCCUACUGGGAAGUGCUCUAGUGUAUGUGAUUUAAAGAAAAUCCAGUGUCUUUAAUUGUUAAAAUGGUAACCUAUUUAUGUCUUACUGAAAAAAAAAUGUAUUUCAAUCCAUUCCAAUAAAAUGAAUUCCAGUAAUCUAAAACCAAA